AUGCGCCAAAGACGUCAGUCACGUUCCCUACUUUCCAUUGCUCAGCAGAGAAUGAUGGUUAGUUUGGGCAUUGAGCAAAAAAUGAUAUACUAUGUCGGUGUGGAUGUGGGGACAGGAUCCGCCAGGGCUUGUUUGAUUGAUAGCAUGGGAAACAUAUUGUCGCUUGCUGAAAAGCCAAUCCAGAGAGAAGAAUUGAAACCCAACUAUAUCACGCAAUCGUCGCAAGAGAUCUGGCAAGCUAUCUGUCACUGUGUGAAGUGUGUGGUGCGCGAUUCUGAAGUUGCUCCUGAGAAGAUCCACGGUAUAGGCUUCGAUGCCACAUGUUCACUGGUCGUAAUUGAUGGUGAAGAUGAAAAAGAAAUUGCUGUUGGGCCAGAUUUCACCAAUACCGAUCAGAAUAUUAUAUUAUGGAUGGACCAUCGUGCAGGUAAAGAAACCGAGGAGAUUAACGCUACAAAUGACAAAUGUUUGAAAUACGUGGGUGGCCAAAUGUCGAUUGAAAUGGAGAUACCAAAAAUCAAGUGGCUGAAGAAUAACAUCUCAAAAGAACAGUUUGAUAAAUGCAGAUUUUUCGAUUUGGCAGAUUAUUUGACGUUCAAAGCUACUGGUAAGGAGACAAGAUCGUUUUGUUCUACUGUCUGUAAACAGGGGUUAUUACCAAUAGGCGUUGAAGGUUCUCAAGAUGGUUGGUCUGAGGAGUUUUUGAACCACAUUGGAUUACCUGAAUUAGCCGAAAACGAUUUUGAAAUGAUCGGAGGAUCAGUUCAAGUGGAAGGAGAUAACAAGAACUUUUUGAGUGCAGGUGCAUACGUUGGUGCUCUAGAUGAAAGUGUUGCGCAAGAAUUAGGUUUGCCAGCUCAUUGCGUUGUUGGCUCUGGUGUUAUCGAUGCAUAUGCAGGUUGGAUCGGUACCGUUGCAGCUCAGACUGAUAUCGAACUGCCGGAGUUAGUGAAAAAGGAUAGCGCAAAGAAAGGUAUCGACAAAGCAACAGGUAGAUUAGCCGCAGUUGCAGGAACCUCAACAUGUCACAUCGCAUUGUCGAAAGAUCCCAUAUUUGUCAAUGGUGUUUGGGGUCCUUACAGGGACGUUAUGGCCCAUGGAUUUUGGUGUGCAGAAGGUGGGCAAAGCUGUACCGGUGCUCUGUUAGCUCAUGUUCUAUCGACACAUCCUGCUUUUACAGAAUUAUCACAUUUGUCUGAUGCAGCAAAUAUAUCCAAGUUCGAUUACUUAAAUUCGAGAUUGGAGAAUUUGGUUCAACAACGUGGGGAACGCUCCGUCGUGUCGCUGGCUAAACAUCUCUUUUUCUACGGUGAUUAUCAUGGCAAUAGAUCCCCAAUCGCUGAUCCCUCAAUGAGGGCAGCUAUUAUUGGUCAAUCAAUGGAUAAUUCCAUUGAUGAUUUAGCAAUUAUGUAUCUUGGUGCAUGUGAAUUUAUUGCACAACAAACAAGGCAAAUUGUAGAGAAAAUGUGUGAUGCUGGCCACGAUUUAUCUGUUAUUUUCAUGUCCGGCGGUCAAUGUAGAAACGGUUUGUUGAUGAGAUUAUUGGCGGACUGCACUGGCUUGCCAAUAGUUAUUCCCCGUUAUAUCGAUGCAGCCGUUGUCUUCGGUUCGGCGUUACUGGGAGCGGUAGCGAGUGAAUCGUUCAACGCACAUCAGCACAAAUCAGACCUAAGAACAAGAAGAAAAUCCUCUUUGACAGUUCACGAUUUACCUGAUGUACCAGGCAAAGCAGGCUUUCUAGGUAAACUGACAAAGCAAGCGCCCGAUAUGCCAUCACCAUACACCGCACCUCAUGCGACCUCAAGUACUUCCCAAAUAGCUUCCACUUCAUCAGGUUAUCCAUUCCCUAUCGUAGGGAGUACCACGACUAACAAAGAUGAAAUGCCAGACAGUCCCAACGAGGAGGAGCCUGUGUCUUUUAAAACAGUGAAAACUAAUGCCGAGGGUUUUCUCCAUGAUUCGCAAACCAAUGGUGAUCAAUUAUGGAAUGUCAUGCACAACAUGACAGGAGGUGGUAAAGUCGUUCAGCCACGUUCCUCAGAUGAUCCAGAUCGCAUUUUGCUCAAUGCAAAAUACAGUAUUUUCUUGGAUAUGGCCCAAACUCAAAGAAAGUAUAGGCAGGCAAUCGAUAGCGUCGAGAGUAAGCUAAAAGGCUAA